GGGUGAGGGGGAGGAGGAGCUGCAGCCUCAAGCCGGCGCUGGAAACGACUAACUAAGGUGGUUGAAUUCUCAUCCCUCUUCUACAAGUGUAGCUGGGACCAGAAGUCCAGGCACCUUCCCACCCACGAUGGCGCUGAGCCUGCAGAGUUCCUGAUUCCCACGAGGACGGUGUGCUGUGCUAGGCAGCCCCGCCACCCGCCAUGUGCCGGAGUCACUGAACCCCCCCAGGCCGCUCCAUCUUUCUCAUGGAUAUAAAGAGCCUGCAGAAAGCCAAGCGACGCAAACAGGGCAGCAUGCGAAGCAGGAGCCAGAAUCUAUUCCCUGAGUAGGAGGCUUGGUUGCCAUCCAGCUGGGAACAAGGGGAAACUUUUUUUAUUAUUUUUACUAGCCUCCUCAUUGCCUGAGGAUCUGCUGUUACAUUCCUGGUUUUUCUCCCAGUUGCCGUUGAAGGCAUCGAAGCUGCUCAGUGCAUUGACUCCUGCCGGUUUGUUGACUUCGUUCCACUGGAUCCCUCUCUGUUGCCUUCACCUCCCGGCGCCAUGGCGGGCAGCACCGGACCCUUCCUGCCAUGGGCGCAGGAAGUGGCGAUGCUGUUGAUGCUCCGUGUGCGCCGGACCGUCCUGCAGACGGCCAUUUUGCUCUGCGUCUUGUUGCUUCUCCUCUGGAUCUCGGUCUUCCUCUAUGGCAGCUUCUACUACUCCUAUAUGCCUACGGUCAGCUACGUCAGCCCCGUCCACUACAAGUUCAGGACUGACUGUGGCCAAAUUGGAUCAGAACUGUGCUCUUUCCCUGUUGCCAAUGUUUCUUUCAUCAAGGACAACCGGGACCGGGUCCUCAUGUACGGCCAACCGUACCGCAUCUCGCUGGAAUUGGAGCUGCCAGAGUCGCCGGUCAACCAGAACCUGGGGAUGUUCAUGGUGGUCAUUUCGUGUUACACCAAAGGUGGCCGUAUCAUCUCCUCUUCGGCCAGAUCGGCCAUGCUACACUACCGCUCGAGCCUGCUGCAGAUGCUCGACACCUUCGCCUUUGCCAGCCUGUUCUUGACCGGUUUCACAGAACAGAAGCAGAUGCUGGACGUUGAGCUGUACUCAGACUACAAGGAGGACUCGUACACACCAACAGUCGGUGCCGUGAUUGAAAUCCAGACCACAAAGAUCCACAUUUAUGGCGCCCAGCUGCGCAUUCAUGCCCAUUUCACUGGACUGCGGUAUCUGCUCUACAACUUCCCGGUGACGUCCGCCAUCUUGGGUGUGGCCAGCAACUUCACCUUCCUGAGCGUCAUCGUCCUCUUCAGCUACCUGCAGUGGAUCUGGGGCACUGUGUGGCCCAGAGAGUCCUUAUCGAUGCAGUUAUCUGGCCGGGAAAGAUCCGGAAUGCUUCAACAUUCAGAAGACGUCCGGCGACGGAUUGUGGCCCCUAAAGAAGGCCCUGAGGAAAUAGAGGCUGCCUCACGUCAACCAGAGGAUGUGGGGGCUGAUGAAGAGGAGGAGGAAUUGUCGAGAGCAGUUGCUGAGAUGCAGACCCAGAAGAGCAAUCUAGAGAAACCUGAUUCCGGGGCAAGGUCGAGUCUGGACAAUGGGAUGAGCGAAGAGGCGGAAUUUGAGUCUGUGGACAAUUCCACGCUGCUUGCUGAGGCCAACUUCCCAGUCCCUUCCCGGGACGGGGACCCCUCAAGCCUGCUGCCCCCAGGGGCCAGGACCCUCACGCCAGGCUCAGAGAUCCGACAGAGAAGUACUUGCUCCAGUUCCUGAAAAGGGGGCGGGCGGGUCUGUCUGCGGCUGCAUGAGCCCCUCCUUAGCCUUUUGCACUGCUCCCAAUAGCUUGCACCCACCACAGGCCUUGCUCUCCAAGGGGAGCCUCUGCUCCCAGCUUGUGUUUACAUUCCAGCUCCUUUUUCUCUCCCCCCACCCCCUAUUCCUCACCCGGAGACACUGUAACUUAAAAUAAAGAUUUACCUGCUAACGAA